ACACGUGGGUUCCCAAUUCCUCAAAGCUCAAAACUCACACCAGAACUUGAUAUCCAUUGCCCCAAAUUCCAAAACUCACACCAGAACUUCUUAUCCAUUGCCCCAAAAUCCACCGGCUCUCACUUGUUAAUUCAACCAAUUUAGAGAAGUUACCGUUUUUCGACUCACAUCGACCACAAAGAGCAGUUAUCUUGUGGUAAUAAAAUUGUGAAAAAAUGUCUUCGGGCCAAAGAAACAAACGGCCAUAUGCAGAACAUACAAACUCUGACAAGAACGUCAGAAGACGUGGUAUCUAUGGGCAAAUAUCGUCUGAUAAAAAAGAGGCAAUGUUACUACAACGCCGCACUAAAGAACUUGAGCGGCAAAAAUGGAAUAGUUCCAUAAAAUCAGUAGCUCAUGCAGAUGAAAGAGUAAUGUAUCAACGUUACCCUAUGAUUCAAAAACAUACUGCUCUUAUCAUAAGAGAAGCUUCUUCUGCUAAGAACGAAGUUGGUAGCGUCCAUGAUGUUAAUACUUCCUCAAGUUCUUUUGAUAAAGGAAAAAAAGCUGCUCAGGCUUUUUCUGUGUUUGAAAGAGGAUCCACAUCGUGUACAUCUAAGGGACAACAAAAUGUGUUACCUACUGCCACAAGCAAAGGUUAGUAUUUCUUUUACGCUAGAGUAACACUAUUUAUUAGUAGAAUAUU